ACCUCCCGGCCGCAGGUGUCAUGUGAAACGCCGCAUGCUCGCUGUGACUGCUGCAGUGUGUGUGUGUGUGUGUGAGUGUGUGUGUGUGUGGGAAAAUGUUUCUAUUCCACGGCCAGUGACACCAGGCGAAAACUUUACAUCCGAGGAUCUGUGUUUUUUUUGUCUUUCUUUCUGUUGUUACUUCUUUCUUUUUCCCUCGUUUGAGUGUGUGUGAGAGUGUGUGAGUGUGUGUGUGUGUGUGAGAGUGUGUAUUUCUUCAUGCCUGCCGCGUCCGGGAGCGAGUCGCCACCACUAUGCGAGCCCAAAUUGAAGUUAUACCAUGCAAAAUCUGUGGAGACAAGUCCUCAGGGAUCCAUUAUGGGGUCAUCACGUGCGAAGGGUGUAAGGGGUUUUUCAGGAGAAGUCAACAGAAUAACGCCUCUUACUCGUGCCCUCGGCAGCGCAACUGCUUGAUCGACAGAACCAACCGUAACCGCUGCCAGCACUGCCGCCUUCAAAAGUGUCUCGCUCUGGGCAUGUCACGUGACGCUGUAAAAUUCGGCCGCAUGUCGAAGAAGCAGCGCGACUCGCUAUAUGCCGAGGUACAGAAACACCAGCAGCGGCUACAGGAACAGCGGCAGCAGCAGGCAGGAGACGUUUAUUCGUCCAGUCUGAGCACUCUCGGACACGACCUGGCUGGCGCCUACACCAACGGACAUGUCAUUGAUAUGGCCAAGACGCAUGCCAACGGCGCACCCGCUGCCUACUACAGCAUGGACUCAACCCAGCCGAGCCCAGACCAGUCCGGACUGGACAUGGCGGGCAUGAAGCCCAUCAAACAGGAGCCUGUCUACGACCUGACGCCCGUGCCCGACCUCUUCACCUACAACUCAUACCAGGACAGCCAGCUAGCACCUGGAGUGUCCAUGGGGGAACUCGACCGAAUUGCACAGAACAUCAUAAAGUCUCAUCUGGAGACAUGCCAGUACACGGGCGAGGAGCUGCAACAGCUGUCCUGGCAGACACACUCGUACGAAGAGGUCAAGAUGUACCAAAGCAAGUCACGGGAGGCGCUAUGGCAACAGUGUGCAAUUCAGAUCACUCACGCCAUUCAGUAUGUGGUGGAGUUCGCCAAGCGCAUCACCGGCUUCAUGGAACUGUGUCAGAACGACCAGAUACUGCUGCUCAAAUCAGGUUGUCUGGAGGUGGUGUUGGUAAGAAUGUGCAGAGCGUUUAACCCUCUCAACAACACGGUCCUGUUCGAGGGCAAAUACGGUGGCAUUCAGAUAUUCAAAGCACUCGGCUGCGACGAUCUCGUCAGCGCCAUGUUCGACUUCGCCAAGAGUCUGUGCUCUCUGCAGCUGACGGAGGAGGAGAUUGCGCUGUUCUCUGCAGCUGUUCUCAUCUCCACAGAUCGGCCCUGGCUAAUGGAACCAAGGAAAGUCCAGAAGCUUCAGGAGAAAAUCUACUUGGCCCUCCAGCACAUUAUGCAGAAGAACCACAUGGACGAGGAUGCAUUGACUAAGCUGAUUGGUCGAAUCCCCACACUAGCGGCACUGUGCACCCUGCACACGGAGGAGCUUCAGGCCUUCCAGCAGCUACACCCCGAAACAGUCAACAUGCUCUUCCCUCCACUCUACAAGGAGCUUUUCAAUCCUGAUGCGGCCAGCGUCAUGUCCAAGUGACAAACGCUUUUUUAAAAAACUAUGAAGGGACACGAUGGCAGGACACUACGGCAGAACUUCCAGGGGGCUGAGCCACUGAGGCAGAAGAGGCGGAGCUAAAUGGGUCACCGCGGCAACACUGCAGACGACGGCGUACAGCAACCUGAGGCGACGACACAAUGAGAAAACUUCAGGAAUGUCCAGCACUUCAAACAUUCGACUUCAGUUUCACCGAUUCAGUCAAAAGAAUGUAUAUACACGCCUGUUAGUGAGGAUCUGACCAGAAAUGUACAGACUUUAGAGCAUUUAAUAAGCUGUCGUUUAUUUGGGUAAGUUUAUUUGACUUUUUUUUUUAUUUUGUAUACAGAAUUGUGAAAAGAAAAAGGGGGACAAGGGUCAAACAAAGACGAUCACAUAGUAAUUCCCUAGUUCUGAUAUAUUCCAGUAUUAAACCACAUUCUGUUUUUAUCCUAGUCAUAAUUUAUAAGCGAGAACCCGACAGGCCGGUACAUUGUGUAAAUCUUUUUUUUCCCCUUUUUUCCUUCUUUGUAGUUUUAUGUGUAUAUAAUUUGAGAACAACUUGUAAAAUUAUACUAGAGACAAUUUCAUUUCGGGUAUGUUUAAAAAAAAAAAAAGCCUUGUCUGGGCCAUGUAGAUAUGUAUAGACGCUACAACGUUGUUUAGAAAUGUUACGGAAAUGUAAAUGAUUUUCUAAGAGAAGAACAAUAAUUGAUUCUUGAUCUUUUUCCAUACGAAGAUAUAUAGAGAGAUAUAUAUAUAUUUUGCAAAUGCUUAUGGUCGAUCGAUCGUGUCAUCAGUCACCUCUGCAAUAAUGUCACUAAGCCCUAGUCAUUCAAGAAAGACAGUAAAGCAGAACGAAGACGUUCUAAUCAUCAACGUCACACUUUUAAUGCUCUAAUCGUUCCCUUUAAAGAUGCACUGCAGUAUUUGCUCAGCAAGGAUGUCCAAACUCGAGACCUGUGAGCUGUUUAAAACGUCAAAUCACUUUCCCGCUACUUGAAGUUAAAAAAGUUCUUCAUUUGAACACUAGAAAAUCUCAUGCUAGUCUUCGACAUUAACGUCGUUUUGCAAGCAACAAAAUCUGACGCUAGAGGAAAUUAUUAUAGGUCGUUAAAUAUGACCAAUUAACUGUUUCAAACAAAAGUCUAUUUCUCUUGGUCUGGUAACCUGGCAGCCCCGCCCCUCUUCCGCUACAUCAGCAAAGCUGUGAGCAUUGAGCGUUGCAUGAAGUAUCAAACAUCCACACUUCAAUUUUUUGGGGUUGAAUCAGUGCAUCAUUGAGGUUCUUUGAAGUGCAUAUGUUGUAAAGGUUAGUGUCAACACACUGCUCACAUUAUUCAAAGUAUGAAUAAUUCAUGUAAUGAAUAAUUCAAAGAAAUGGUGGCGAAUAGUGCGUAAGUAGCUAAACUAGCUAAGUCGAUAUGCUAUUACAUACAUUGUAUUGCCAAAUGUUUUGGGACAUCUGCCUUUACAUGCACCCUUUGCAACUUCAACUCUUCUGGGAAGGCUUUCCACAAGGUUUAGGAGUGUGUUUAUGGGAAUUUUUGACCAUUCCACUAGAAGCACAUUUGUGAGGUCAGGCACUGAUGUUGGACGAGAAGGUCUGGCUCGCAGUCUCCACUCUAAUUCAUCCCAAAGGUGUUCUAUCAGGUUGAGGUCAGGACUCUGUCAAGUUCCUCCACAGGAACAGGAAGGGGUCAUCCCCAAACUGUUCCCACAAAGUUGGGAGCAAAAAAUUGUCCAAAAUGUCUUGGUAUGAAGCUGAAGCAUUAAGAGUUCCUUUCACUGGAACUAAGGGGCCGAGCCCAACCCCUGAAAAACAACACCUGAACUCAAUUGGGUGUCCCAAAACUUUUGGCAAUAUAGUGUACAUACACAGGUUAACCAAAUCUUGAGAACACUGACUGAUUACACUAAAGAUAAAACUAGCAGUGACUCAGACCGAUCAAUUAUUUAUUUAAUUAUAUUAUAAUUUGCCCACGUAAUAUUCCCAUAAGCAAUCACAGCAGUGAGAAGAAGCGGUUUUGUUUUAUUUAUUUUAUUUUAAUUAAGUCUGGUAUGUUUGCAAGCUGAAUGGAAAUAAUGGACGCCUUUAAAAAGCUCCACAGAUUAACUCACUUAACUAGCUUGCUAAGUAUAUAGUUGCUAAGUAAAUGAUGAUGAUGAAACAUAUAUAAAUAUUUCAUUUGCGUCACAAUCAUACUGCUCAACCAUGCUCAUGUUAAUUUGGUCAGACUGAUAACAUUACCACUAAAAUGCCGCCAUCAUUCCAGGCAUUUCAGAUGGAUCCUAACUCCAUUCCCGUCGACUCUUGUGUAGACGAUUUUGUCAAAUAGACGCUCUGCAGUGGCAAUAUGGUAGCUUUGACAAUCAUGUAGCAUUCUACUGUUCAUAUUUUUACCAGUUCCAGUACUACUAACCUGAGCAGGUCCGGGUGUUAAGAGUAAAUUUGUUCUCGCUUAGUUUACAAUGUUCACGAUUCUCUCAGGCAAAAACAGUUUCACAACAAUCCCCUUAUAGUACCUCAAAGUAAAAAGCAAUCGAACACAACAAUUUGAAGUCUAUUGAAUUUCCCGCCAAAGAGCUUUCACACGUGUAAUCCCCUGGGUCCUAGUAAACUCCAGGUAAACGUUAUUCUGGGUUAUUGUUCUUAGAGGUUUCACAAUGCUCCUACCUUUACCUGUCAAUCCUGGCUCUUCACAAUCUAACGUUUCACGCUCUACAUUCCUAACCUUCUUCUUAUUUGCAUAUUUGCGCAUCAACAACCAUGAUUGGAUAAAUCCACCGUGUGGCUGCUUUAAAUAACGGCUCAUCUCACGCUUUCAUAUCAGUGAGGAAAAAAAAAGGUCAGGUCUGUCGUUCUCUACCUGAGCAGUUUGUUAUCUUUCCCAGCUUUCUCAUCAUUUUUGGUCUUUUUAAAUUGGUUGUUUAGUUGACCGGCUGUUUGUUGGCUGAGAUCCGAUUUCCGCUAAUUUUUCAGUGUCAUGUAUUUCCCUCUUGCUACACUGCACACUAUAGUGUUUUUGCUGCCUGACUCUGUGUUGCUACUUCCUGUAGCAAGAAGUCAGUCAAGAAGUUUUUUAUUUGGGUGUCUGUUGCUAAGCAACUAGCCAUAACAUUUUAACACUGGUUCUAAACUACAAGUGUGAAAUGUUCCUGUUCCCGGGAUUAAGCACAGUGUGAAAAGCUCUGUAGUUGACUGGUGCUUGGACCCCUUUAGCAAUAAGAACCACCUUUAAUGAAUCAGAAAUUGGAAUCUAACCCCAUAGUUGAUUAUUUCCCUUAUUACUGAUAUUAGGUUUCUGAUAUUUUUCCAAUGGCCAUGAAGCCAUAGCAGCGGGUUCCAGGUGUAGGCAUCCCCCCCCCACACACACACACACUGUAAGCAGAUCCUAGUGCGUCGUGCAAUCAGUAAACUCCGACGAAAAUGAAGGAA